AUGACGGAGGCCACCUCAUUCAUGGACAUUGACGAAGAGGAGAACCAGAACCAUUUAUCGAAUCCAAACAAGGACAAAAACGUCGUCGUAGCCAGCACGCCACCCGACAGUAAAGCCACUCCCUGGGUCGAGAAGUACCGUCCUCAAUCACUCACCGAUGUCGCCGCUCACCGUGACAUUGUCAAUACCAUUGACAGGUUGACCGGUGAAAACAGAUUGCCGCAUCUCUUAUUAUAUGGCCCUCCUGGCACAGGCAAAACGUCUACAAUUCUUGCUGUGGCGCGUAAACUUUAUGGAGCGCAGUAUCACAACAUGAUUUUGGAGCUGAAUGCAUCAGAUGAUAGAGGAAUAGAUGUUGUGCGGCAGCAAAUACAAGAUUUUGCUAGCACUCAGAGCUUCUCUUUUGGUGCAAAGGCAUCUGUAAAGUUGGUUUUACUGGACGAGGCAGAUGCAAUGACAAAGGAUGCACAAUUUGCCUUGCGCAGAGUGAUUGAGAAAUACACGAAGAACACCCGGUUUGCACUUAUCUGUAAUCAUGUGAAUAAGAUUAUUCCAGCACUACAGUCUAGAUGUACUCGAUUUCGAUUUGCUCCUCUUAAUCCAAUGCAAGUUGGUGAACGACUCAAACAUGUUAUAGAGGCUGAAGGGCUUGAUGUAACUGAGAGUGGCUUAGAGGCACUUAAACGGCUUAGCAAUGGUGACAUGAGAAAGGCUUUGAAUAUACUGCAGUCGACACACAUGGCUUCUCAGCAAAUUACAGAAGAAGCUGUAUACCUGUGCACUGGAAACCCAUUGCCCAAAGACAUCGAACAAAUAACCCACUGGCUUCUGAACGAAUCUUUUGCAGAGAGCUAUAAGCGAAUAUUUGAAAUCAAGACAAGGAAAGGUUUGGCCUUGGUGGAUAUUGUCAGAGAAGUGACCAUGUUUGUCUUCAAUAUUAAGAUGAAAGCAGAUGUCCGAGUGCCAUUGAUCAAUGAUUUGGCUGAUAUAGAAUACAGGUUGAGCUUUGGGUGCAAUGAUAAGUUGCAACUUGGAUCACUUAUUGCUUCUUUUACUAGGGCUCGAUCCACAUUGGUUGCAGGAGUAAAUUAG